GUCAUUGACAACACAAAAACAACAAUUUGAGAAAACCACAGGUGAAUCGAAUCGGAUUCUCACUGAAGAAGUCGUGAUAAUCAACGAAAGGGCAAGAUUCGCUGCAUAUUCACCAAGACUCCAUCGUAUCAACAUGGCGACUGACCAGACGGGUUUCGUGUCCAUAUCACAAUUGCUCAAGCGACUAUCGACAUUGGAGCAAGCGAGGAAGGUCUCGGCAGAAGAAAUCGCAGCUGCAGUCGCCCUCAUCUUCACCAAUAGCCUCUCACCGGUCCAAUUCGGAGUUUUGCUCUGGGCAUUGCAUACCACAAAUCUCGACCACCAAGCCGAAGUGCUGGCAGCAUGUGCCAAAUCCAUGCGAGGAGCUGCUGCUCAGAUUGACGCUACGGAACUGAAAGAGGUCAUUUCCAGACGUAAACGGCCAGAGGGGACGUACGCGGGCGGUCUGUGCGACAUUGUAGGCACAGGAGGCGACGGCCACAAUACCUACAACGUAUCCACCACCGCCUCGAUCAUCUCCUCGGCGAUUCUCAUGAUGGCUAAGCACGGCAACAACUCUUCGACUUCACUAUCGGGCUCUGCAGAUCUGCUGCAACAUGCACCUCGACCACCCAUCAUCGCGGCCACCACAGCAGAAAAUCUCCCACGCAUCUACGAGAAGACCAACUACGCCUUCUUAUAUGCUCGAGAAUGGCACCCGGGAAUGAAGUACGGAGCUGCAGUCCGUCGAGAAGUCCCUGUCCGCACAGUCUUCAACCUACUCGGCCCACUCGCCAACCCGGUCCACGAUUCGGGUCUGGUCGAAUGUCGAAUCCUCGGAGUCGCUCGCAAAGACAUUGGCACCAAUUUUGCAGAAGCCUUGCGACUGAGCGGUGCACGCAAAGCGCUCGUCGUCUGCGGCGAUGAAAAUCUCGACGAACUAUCGUGUGCUGGCAUCACGCAUUGCUGGUUGAUCCAUGGGGAACCAGCAGGAGGUCCAGUGGAUAUCACUUCCUUUGAGAUCGCACCCGAGGACUUCGGGUUGCCGCGCCAUCCUCUGGAAGACGUGCAUGGUGGAAAAGGACCGGGCGAAAACGCGGAGAUUUUGAUGCAGAUUCUGAAAGGGGAGAGACCCGAUGAUGACCCGGUCUUGCAUUUCGUGUUGCUCAACACUGCGGCUCUGAUUACUCUGUCGGGUGUCUGCGAGGCGGAUACCAGCAACAUGGGUAAUGGAGACGACGGUCAAGUCAUUCCGGAUAGAGGUCCGGGAGGGUUGCGUUGGAAAGAGGGUCUUCGACGUGCGAAGUGGUGUGUCAAGAGCGGCGAGGCGUUGAAGCAGUGGCAGGCUUUCGUGGAAAUUACGAAUGAGCUGUCUCCGUCGUCGUCGUAGUCGCCAUCGCUGCCGUCUUGAGCAUACUUUACUGUAGCUCCUAUUGUGUUGCGACCUACGUCUUUCUGGCUGCAAGGCUAGAGAGGAUGUGCAUGGCGCUGCAUCGAAUAGUGAACUCCACUGCCGCUGCCAUCACGGAAGAUGGAAUUAGGUGAACUUAGAGCGUCCACUGCUGCUGACUGCCACAGCGCAGUCUAGAAUGGCAGGUCGGCGGUGGCGCGCACAGUCAGUAAAAGCGAUACUGGCGGCUAUCCAGUUGCUGUUCACUGGCUACAUGUACAGUAGUACUAAAGCAUAUAUAUAUCAUCGUGUCAUGAACGU